AGAGCAUUAUACCAUCUUCGAUGAGGUAGACGUGCGAGUGUUGCUGUAACAAAAGAGAUUAGCGCAUUUGUAAGGAAAGAAAGCUUGCGAGUCUUGCGUUUAAGAUGAAAUCGCUGUGGAUUGUUAUUUUCGCGUUUCUGAUUUGCCUGACAGAGCAAUUGCGAGCCCAGUUUAUUGAUCCCGAUUGCGGAACUGCAAUCGCUUUUCCACACUCAUAUAGAAUCAAAGGAGGUAGAACUGCACACAUAGGAUCUAAUCCGUGGAUGGCCUACUUGCACAUAAACUCGUCUUUAGUUUGUGCAGGCACAUUAAUCACAAAAAGAUUUGUACUCACAGCAGCGCAUUGCAUGGACCAGUACCAUUUGUUAACGGUUCGCCUUGGGGAAUACGACACAACUACACGCAUAGAUUGUACAUCCGAGUUCUGCAUUCCAACGUAUAAGGAGUACACCGUUGAGGAUGGCCAAGUGCAUAUAAUGUUUAAAAAAAGACUAAAUGGUCGCAACGACAUAGGAUUGCUUAAGCUUAAUGGGAUCGUCUCUUAUACAACGUUCAUUCGACCAGUUUGCCUGUUCCGAAACCCAGGACAAGUUCCCUUUACUUCCACCUACGAGGCCACUGGAUGGGGUAAUAUUGAUCUAAUCAACACCGCCACAGUUCUGCAAACAGUGAGCCUGAACAGGCUUGACCAAAGCGAGUGUGCGCAAUCCCUGCGCACUUUCCUUGCAUACGGUCAGUUCUGCGCGGGACAAGCGCUAGUGGAUACCUGUAGCGGUGACUCAGGCGGUCCGCUGCUAAGGAAAAUGUCAAAUGGCCAAAUGACCCGCACCGUUCAGUUAGGAAUUGUUAGCUAUGGUCACCACUUGUGUCGCGGCCCAGGAGUCUACACAGACGUUCCAAGUUUUACGAAGUGGAUACUGGAUAUUAUCCACCAGUGACAUUCUUAUUUAAAAGUAGAGGUUUUAAUAAAUGUAUAGCAAAA